CAAUCCCGCUGUCCAGUAACGCCAACCUCUGUACAUAUAGGAGAGAAGUCCAUACGGUGGGAGGAUGUUCAAAAGCUCCAUAUCUCGACCAUGGACAUGCUCGAAAUGCAUCCAGCGGCAGAGCAAUGUAGCACGGCGCUUUGCUACUUCCACUUCACGGUACUACGAACCUAGACCCGUCCUUAUCGACAAUGCAGCUCCUGGAGCCCAGCACGAUGACAGGACUUUACGGCAGAUCUUCGAUUCGCCCAAUGUAUGGAAGGAUUUCUCACAUUCCUCCAAGUACGGGCAUAAUAGCGAAACUAGUGGGCUGUUCAAAAACCGAUACCUCACGGAACCUCGAGGUUUCGAAGAGUUCGCGAAUACGACUUUGAGGAAGGCACAGAGAAUGGUGGAGGAGGUGCUGAGUGCAUCCUCAGUGGAUGAAUACAGGCAGGUUGCGCGGAAACUGGAUAGACUCAGUGACUUGUUGUGUCGGGUCAUUGACCUGUCGGACUUCGUGCGAGCUACACAUCCGGACGCGAAGAUACAAGCAGCUGCUACGAGAGCAUAUGCCAUGAUGUUUGAGUAUAUGAAUGUUUUGAAUACGACUCAGGGGCUGGAUACUCAACUAAAUAUUGCUAUGAAUACACCGGAAGUUGUGUCUGGUUGGAGCGAAGAAGAGCUUGCAGUAGCAGAAAUUUUGAAGAGAGACUUUAGCAAAUCAGCCAUUGAUCUGCCUCGAUCACAAAGGGAACGUUUUGUAACCCUUUCGCAGGAGAUUAGCGAGGUUGGCCAAGACUUCGUGGAUUAUAUGGCACCAGAGAAGGAGUAUUUGACCUUUCAAAGCAGCAAGCUGCAAGGAAUGGAUCCUAUGCUCGCACGGAAAUAUACUCAAUGGGGUCAGGUCAAUAUACCAACCCUUGGUUAUCCUUCGAUCGCUGCUCUACGCUCUGUUCAAGAUGAGGAGGUUAGGAAAGAGAUUUUCAUGGCCUCCCGAACUUCCUCUCGCGCCAGCUUGGAAAGGCUACAGACACUGUUGAGAAAGAGAGCAGAAUUGGCCAAGCUAGCAAAGUUUGAUAGCUACGCCCACUUAGCCCUUGGGGACAAAAUGGCAAAAUCGCCAGAAUCGGUCAACCAAUUCCUGCAAGCAUUGUCGAAAGACAAUAGACCUGUAGUAAAGAUGGAGAUGGCAGAGCUUCUGAAGGCCAAAAUGGCAAAUCCUAAUGCUAUGACUCCAGUUCUUCAACCAUGGGAUAAAGAAUAUUACCAGGCGCGGGUUCUCUCUAUGGCACGGUCGAAAUCACGGAAUCCCGAUUUCCUCUCAGCGUACUUUUCUCUUGGUACGGUCAUGCAAGGAUUAUCAAGGUUGUUCACACGCCUUUAUGGUGUUAGAUUCGUUCCUCGCGAGACGACGCCAGGCGAGACGUGGAAUCCUGAUGUCCGACGCCUUGACGUUGUAUCAGAAACAGACGGGCAUGUUGCAGUCCUCUACUGCGAUCUCUUUGCGCGUCCUGGCAAAUCACCAAACCCAGCGCAUUUCACACUCCGCUGUUCACGUGAAAUCACUGAUCAGGAACUCGAGGAAGCUGCGGCCUUGCAUAAUCCCCUCUUCGCGACACCCGAAGAGUCUGCCAGUGACGGCAUGGCAACUUCCAAGACCUCCGGCAUCCUGAAACAAUUGCCAACGAUAGCUCUCAUUUGCAACUUCGCAACUGGUUCCAACGGCAAACAGCCAUCACUGCUAAACUUCUUAGAAGUCAGCACUCUCUUCCACGAAAUGGGCCAUGCAAUCCAUUCGAUUCUCGGCCGAACCUCCCUCCAAAACGUCGCUGGCACUCGCUGCGCUACAGAUUUCGCUGAACUGCCUUCCGUACUCAUGGAGCAUUUCGCUGCCGAUCCAUCAGUCCUAGCCCUUUUCGCACGACACUAUGAAACAGAUCAACCAUUACCAUAUGAAAUGGUAGCAGAAAGACUUGCCUUGGAUAAGAAAUUCGAAGGCUCUGACAAUGAAAACCAAAUUUUACUCUCGAUGGUUGAUCAGGCUUAUCAUUCCACCCUCCCCCUAUCUGCCUCUUUCGAUAGCACGCAGAUAUAUCACUCUCUCCAGCACGAGCAUGGGGUCCUUCCUGCUGACCCUCCAGGGACCUGCUGGCAGGGUUUCUUUGGGCAUUUGUUUGGUUAUGGAAGUUCGUACUACAGCUAUCUCUUUGAUCGGGUGUUGGCGAAACGCAUAUGGGAAGUGGUAUUCGAGAAGGGACAGGGAUCCAAGAGCAUUGAUAGGGAAGCUGGUGAGAGGAUGAAAGAGAGCGUUUUGAAAUGGGGUGGAAGCAGGGAUCCAUGGAAAUGUUUGGCCGAGGUGUUGCAGGACGGAAGAGUUGAGAAUGGCGAUGAGAAAGCUAUGGGUAUUGUGGGAAGUUGGGGGGUGAGGGAUCACAGUGAUGGGCUGCCAUAGUGCAACAUAGUGUAAAUAUAGAAAUAUCGCCGGUUCUCCUGCACAUCACAGUGGGAUGCGGCGAGAGAAAGGAGAUGUCGUUAAAGUCUAUAUCACGUGCCAAUCGUCAAC